AAAGUGAGAGAGACAGAGAGAGAAAGAGAGAAAGAGAGAGAGAGAAUGCCAGUCUUGAUGAGCAGAGGUCGACUCCUGUUGACGUCACGCAGACACCGAGACCGAGAGAGAGAGAGACACCGAGAGACACCCGAGAGACCGACACCGAGAGAGAGAGAGAGAGAGAGCAGGGGGAAAGGAGGAGGCAGAGAGAAUGGCUGCCCAGUGCCGCAGCUCCAAAUGCACCGUAGAAAGGAAAGGAUUCCGGCGGGAACUCGAUACCUGGAGACACAAAUUGAUCAACUGUGUCGGGUUCGAGAGCAUCCUGGAGGGAAUCUAUGGCCCAUUACUACUCAGAGACCUCAAUAUUUUUGAUGACUGUGAACCAGAGGAGCUUGAGGACUGGGCAGUGAAGGCCAGUUGUUCCUUCUGCAGUCUGCUGAUCAAUGACCAUGUCCCGGUGGCCGCCUCCCCCCUGCCCUCCCCCUCAGACGACACGCCCUCCCAAGCCGCCUCCCUCUCAGACAGCAGCCUAUCAGCUCACAGGUUCCUUCACGCCGUGUUCCAUAAGAAGGAGCUGGCGUCCGGCGAGGACCCCGACGUCCCUCUGGUAGCCCAGGAACUGAUGAGGAGGAUGGUCCGGCAGUUUGCUGCGGAGUACGCCUCCAAGACGCGCCUCACCACCUCGACCGACACGGGCUCCCGGCGUCCGGACCUCGACACGCCUCUAGACCUCACUGUGACGCGGAACCAGGAGGAGGAACCCACACCAGCUGACACUGUGCUCGACCUCUCCAAGCGGAACUCUGCCAGCUCGGCCUCCACAUCACCCACCAAUCACAAAGCCUCAGGCUCCCUGUUGCCCACGGUUACGGAUGAGCCCCAGAGGGAAGCAGAGGACGCUGGGAUGCCCGAUGCCCCAAGUGGGAGGAGCUCUGCUCUGGAGGCGGUCCGCUCCUCUUUAUGCCCCGCCCAUCGCUCUCUGCUCCAGCGAAUCCUGAGGCUCGCCCACCAGCAGCACCGUCUAUCGUUGGCCUACAGGGACGCACAUCGCCGUCUCGUCCCGCCCCCAGACCCUCUCUGCGGCCACCUGGUGGCCAAACAACAGGACGACACUUCCUCUCCUCCUCCUCCUCCUCCUUUUACUGACUGUUGGAGCCGUAGUGCCACCGGAGCCACUCGUCAGCAGACUGACUGGAAGACACCAGGCGGUCCAGGCUGUUGCUGUGUGCAGCGCUGCAGGCUGCCUCCUGUCUGUUUCUGUCUUCAGAGCCUCCACUGCCUGUCCUGCCAGAGCCUAUCCCUGGGACACAUUACCACUGGGGUUCGCUCUUCCUCUUCUCUCUGCACUUUCACCUCCUCCCCUUCUCUUUCAUCCUCCGCUCUGUACCCUAACCCCUCGGUCUGUCCCGUGGCCUCUGUCUGUUGCUCCCACCCCCAGCCCUGCUCCAACCCUCACCCUCACCCCCAGCCCUGCUCCAACCCCCACCCUCACCCCCAGCCCUGCGCCUCCUGCUGCUCAGAACACACCUACCUGGCCCCGGUCAGACGCACAGCCCAGGGCGGAGGAGGAAGAGCGGGAGGAGGAAGCGAGUGCCCUGUCCUCAAGAGAGAGCCAUCCCGCACCCCCUCUCCUCCCCUCUCUCCCCCAUCCCCUCAGACAUGGACGGAAAGGAGGAAGACAAGCCUCCCUCUCUUCUGCUGCAGCAGCAGCAGCAGCAGGAGGGGGAAAAAGAGGAGGAGGCUGGGUGUGGUGGGGAGGUGGGCGAGGACAGGGAGCAGCAGGACCUGGUGGAGCGAUUCAGUGACAAACUAAAAACAAUCAGACCCCAGGAGAAGGAUCCCCACCUGACGACCUCGGCCAAUCGGCACGUGGCAGAGUCCCGGGCCGACGCCCACCUGAGUGAGAUCAUCACCACCGUUCUGAACACGGGCGGCGGCGGCGGCGACUACAGCCUAAACGACAUGUUGCAUCACCACGACAACGACGAGAGCCGGCCACCUCGGACACGUUCCCGGCGGCGACAGGAGGCCCUGGCUGCCAUGACGACUUUACCCGACCAGUCGUCCACCCGGCGCCAGACCGUGCUAAUCAAACGGGAGCUG